CGUACUAAACCGUCGACUGUCGUUGUUGAGGCGUGUGUUUACAUCACCGAUACGUCCCUUGGUUUUACACGUUUGUAGCUCAGUUAGAACCGUUUUCUAAGAAGAAAAUGGGUUAAAUUGAAUCGUUGAUAGUUUCGGAGGUUUUGUUUUAACGUUCAGCUGUCUGAGGAAGCAGCAGCGAGAUGGAUUUCUGUAAUAAACAGGUGAAAUCAGACUGCGAGGAGCUGCUGUGCCGCUUCCAGCAAACAGAUUCUGUCCACUUCGAGAUGUUCUCCAAGAUAUGGAGGGAAAUGAAGUUCUCACAGAUUUUUUACGGCGCCGUGAAGCACGAGAAGCGAGCGUUUAGUCGUGUGGUUCUGGACACUGCCUGCAGCUUCUUCCUGCCUCCAUUCAGCUUCCAGAUCAGAGUGGGAGGACUUUAUCUGCUGUACAGCUUGUAUCAGUGUCAGACCGCCUCGCCCUCCGAGCAGAUCCGUCUGGCGCUGAAGGACUGGGAGGACGUGAAGAAGUUUGAGAAGGACGCUGUGGACACUCAGCACUACGAUGUCAUUUACAUCCUCCAACAGCUGAUGUUCCACAAGGCUUUCCACUUCACCGCCAUGCCCACUCUGCUUACCUUCAAGAAGAAGAGGAAGGUGGAGAGGUUGGUGCUGUGUGAGGACUUCGUGGAGCGAGUGUCUCGUCCACAGGAGCUGAUCAACAACAAGCUGCUGGAGGAAUUGUCCAACAUUCAUGAGCUCUACGAGAAUCUGAAGACUUCUGUCUUUUCAUCGUCAGAACAGGCGGGUUCGUCCGUCAACCUGAUCAGUAAAGACCUCGUCCCUCAGCUACGCAGCACUGUGGUGGAUUUCCACAAGUGGCAGCAAAGGAAGGAUGGGACCGGUGAAGAUGAGGACAGCGGUGAGGGAACGUCGUCUCAGCAGGAGUCCUCCAAAAGAGCUGAGCGCCUCGCCUCCAUCAAAUCAAAAGCAUACGGAGAGGCAGCAGAGGCAUCCAAGUCCCGGCGUCAUCGUCAGGUAGAGGUGGAUUUCAAGAGUAACGAGUCUGGACCCUCGCACUCGUCAGGUUACUCCAGAACAAGCAAACCGUCACUCAAAGCCAGAACCAAGGAGAAUGUACAUAUCUCAGGUGACGUGUGGAAAGAAGCCACAACGACCACUCACAUCAAUCGUCUCACCGCACUGGACACUGGACUUCCUGAAGAAAAACCAAAAAAGUUCAUAAAAUUCAAGUGGUCAUGAAGACAACGCAGGAGUCAACGUCAGCAUCCUGAUUGGAGCUUCUGUUCAGUAGAUUUUGAAGUUAGUUUUAAAAUCUUGGCUUAGCUUUUGUUAUUGUAAUGAAUUUUCUAUAAGUAGAGUAGAGUCUCAUAAUGGCUGAAAGUUAAAAACACACAAACUGGUCUGUUAAAGAAGAAUUAUUGUUCUGACUCUGCUUCUGUUCUUAAAUGCAGCGCUAUUUCACAGCCAUCACUUGUUGAAAAUGAACCCUAUGCCUGCCUCUUUUGUCUUUUACAAUGCAGGAGCCAUCUGUGGUCUAAAUACCUUAUGCACGUUAUGACAAAGUUUAGCAGGGUAAACGUCUACAAACAUUUUCCUCAAAGCUCAUCUCUCUGUGCAGCUUCUUCUAUGAAAAAGUUACAUUUUUUACUGUUUUACUGUCACUGUUUUAUAUAAAACUUAUUUUUAUAGUUGU